AUGGACAGCAUUGUGGCUACGGCCAUGGAUGCGGCUGCAUCGGAGGUCUCUCUUAAAUCCGUGAGGAAGCGCAUGAGCCGCCUCUUUGCCCCUCGUGUGGACGGGUCCUACCUGGUUCCACCAGAGUUGGUGGAGCAGUACAAGAACCCCAAUCAGCGACAAGCACUCGAGCAGGAGUUCCUGAAAGCGGGCCUCGACAAGGAUCUCUUCGUCACGCGCUCCGUAAAGAAGGUCAAGCGCCGUGAAUCCGAGUCUGAAGUUUGGGUGUCGGGGCAGUUCGUGUCGGAUGCUGACAUGGAUGAGCUCGGCCUCAGUGCGAAGAGGAAGAAGGCCGUUCACGAUGAAUGCGCUAAGAUUCGUGGAUGGAUCAGGCGUGACCGGUAUGAGCCUGACGUGAAGCUCUACUGGCUCGAAAAGUCCGCGGAGGGCAAGAUGCUGAAGCGCAAGCGCGAGAUCUACGAGGAUGUCGACAGCGAUGCUGAUUAUGAAGAGAGCGACAAUGAGAAAGAUUUGGACGUUUUCAGCAUGGGCUGGGACCUGGGUGAAGGUGGGCCCAAAGGCGAUGAUGCAACGGUGGCCGGGGCGGACAAGGACGCUGAUGUGAAGCAGCGAAUGAAGUCCAUCGGUUUCCCGGACAUGGAUGCAGAUGGUUUGCCCAGCUCCUACAUCCUGAAGGUGGUCGUCUGCCUGGGCAAGUGGAACACGAAAAUUACUGCCCUUGCAGACCAGAUGCAGCAGGUGAAGAAGACCGAGAAGUCUGACAAGAUCAUCGAGAAGGCCAAGACUGUCGCCGCCGCUCUCGAUAAAACUUCGGAAGAGAUCCAAACCAAGCAGUCGGAGAGCGUGUUGCAGGAUAAAGGCUUCACCCUUGCGCAGCAAGCUGAGCUGAAGAAGAUUUUCGACCGCGCGAAGAAGCAGCCACCUGACAGCUCUUGGAAGCAGGGUUCGAGGUUAGAUCCCUGGCAUUGGCUGAAGCAGCUCUCCGAAGAUGUUAAAUGUUUAGAGCGGCUUCAUGACGAGAUCGUGCGGGACCUACAGGACACCAAGUUUGCCGAGGGCGCGAUAAUGUUCGACGUGGCAACCUCGAACCUGGCCUCUAGCAUACUGUCGCAUGCAGAACUUAGCAUCCGAAGCAUUUUUGCCAAGCACCCUGCGUUGUUCAAGAUCGGGGUCACUACGAAUCCCGUGGGGCGCUGGCUGCACUCUGCUUAUGGCUACAAGCUUGACAAGCAAGUCUCCUGGGAGCGUAUGACUGUUCUGCAUGUGCACUCGAACGCUGAUGUGAUUUGCUUGUUGGAGGCCUCAUUAAUUAGAAUCUUCUUCAACUCACCGGGCUGCCGAAAUAUUCGGUGCGUCGAAGCCCUGAGUUUCAGCAGCAGCUGCACGCCGAUGCUGCAGUACAUGAAGACGCAGAAGAAGCGCGAUGAUGCCGGCAGCAAGAAGGUGAAGGCGCCUGCGAAGUCUAUCACUGGGCACAUGAAGGCGAGUGUCCUGCAAAAGGGCGCAGAAGCUACGCGAGAAGAGUUGGCAGGUGUUUUGGGUGUGAGCGAGCAGAAUGCUUCCAGGCAGCUCACCAGGAUUGUCAACAAAUUUGCUAUGCUGCCAGCUAUCCGUGUUUCGGAGCAUGUCUUUACGGUUGACAGUGAAACCUACACCUUGCCCUACUUGAAGCCACGUGACGUGCUUGAAUUUCUGUUGCGAGAGCACUCGCAUCUGCUUCUGGGGGGGUACGACGCUUCUGCACCGGAGGCCUACUGCGAACUUCGUACAUUCUGGGAGCGCUACCAGCCACACCACCCAACCCAUGAUGUUUAUAAACCCGUUGCACAAACGGGUCAAUGCUUGAACGGGAAAUUCAGCUCCUACCUGACCCGCUUCCUUCUUGCGGCUUUUCCAAGCAAGCAGUGGCCUGGGGAAACUUUGUCUAGUAUUCUUGCCAGUUUGUCAGGCCAGAUGCGGACUCUGUUCGAGGAAGGCCUUGUGGUCAAUGGCAGGCGUUUUUACUUUGGAAUUAUGGGCCUGAAGGCUGACUUCGAAUUCCACUGCACGGCCCUUCGAGAUGCAGGCCUGCAGCGCAGCUACGAGCACGUGGGGCGUGCCAAUGAUAUACCUGUAUGCAUUGAGUGCGAGGCUGGGUUCCCAGACAUCCCCAUGGAGGAUGCAAAUGUGGGGGCAAGGUGGACCAGAACCCUUUGCAAGUCUUGGCCAUGGACUGGGGUGCCGAACUUUGCACAAAUGCCCUUCGACAACUGGCAAUCUUUCCCGAGUCAAGCCCCUCAGUUUUUCAGAAGGGAUCCCUUUCACGUCUUUCGCCUCGGCAUCGCCAGAAACUUCCUGGCUUCUGCAAUUCUGCUUUUGUGCAACCUUGGUGCCUUCGACCUAGCUGGGGAAUCGAAGUCCGUGGACAACCGCCUGGUAAGGGCUUGGAGGCAGUUUCAGCUUUUUUUGGAAACUUCUUCUUUACACGUUGGGGGCCUUAGAAGCUUCAGCAAGAAGAAGAUGCACUUUGCUAGUGGAGGAUCCUUUCCUUGGCUGGGUUGCAAAGGCAGUGAUACGAUUGUACUCCUGAAGUGGUUCAAAGUGCUGCUGGUACAGCUUCGUAUUCGUGGCCUUGCAGCCGCUACAAGCAGUGUUUGGAAAUACCUUGAGCAAGCUGUUCAUUCGGGAUUGCAGUGGUCUCAAGGUAUACAUGGCCAUGGCAUCUGGUAUCGCAAAUCCUGUGCGAGGCACCUGAGAAACCAAUUGCAAGGCUUUCUGUCUGGGUACAGUCGCUUAGCACAAUGGUGCAUGGUGCAGAAGAUGCCACUGUUUGGGAUGACGCCGAAAUUUCAUGCGCUAGCUCAUUUCAAAUUGGAACUUGAGGCACCCAUCUCUGCUGGAUUCGAAUACAUAUUGAACCCUGCAGUCUUUGACUGUUCGAUGAGCGAGGAUUUCAUCGGCAGGAUCUCCCGCCAGAGCCGUCGAAUAGGGUUCAAAAAAAACUUGUUCGAGAAACACCUGCUGAGACAAUACAAGCUGAAGUUUGGAUUUGUCGUCCGCGCGUAUGAGAAACAAGGGGGAACUCACUCGUGGCAUUCAUUAAUUGGGGCUUGA